AUGUCUCCUACAGACCACACAUACCUUACUGGAGUAGAGCCCAGAAUCUUAGCGACUGAUUUUGAUGAAGCAGGGAAUGUGGAAGAAAACGAUACAGAAAGUGACGAGGACUUGCAAGAGAUGCUAGAAGAACAAGUGGACGAAGAGUUUAUUAAUGAACAAAUUCAACCCACUGAAGACACACCAAUUAAAGAAUUUCAUUCGGACUAUUGUGAAACACCAAAGAUUCCAGUUCAAGCAGAUGAAGUUGAAAAUGGAGAUGACUUGUUUUUGAGAGGAGACGGCUUAUCUUUGGGAGGAGAUGGCUUUUCAGGAGAUUUGAUAGGGGAUAGUAAGGAGACAAUCAAGGGAGAAAGUAGCAUUGAUAGAGGGGACAUAUUUCUUUGUUUUCGGGGGGAUGACGUAGAAGACGAGGAUGAGGAUGAUGAAGACAAGGAGUCAAAAGACGAGGAUGAAGAAGAAGAAGACGAUGGCGAUGAUGGAGGCCUAGGUUUCAAAGUGUUGGCAGCAGAAGAAGAAGAAGUUGACGAUCCAGGCUCUGGAGAAAUCUUGGAGACAGGCAGAGGCUUUGAAGUGUUGGCAUCAGCAGAGGAAGGUCCAGAAGAAGUGUUGGCAGCAGCAGAAGGUCCAGAAGAAGUGUUGGCAGCAGCAGAAGAAGGUCCAGGCUCCUGA